UUGAAACCUGGAACUAUGCCGCGGGGCCGACCUCGCAAACUGAGGGACAAAACCAACGAUGAAACAGAAGGAUUGCAAGAGUCCAACCCAGAGAAUUCUGGUUUCAGCCAUGCAGACACUAGAGAGAAGAAGUGCACUGUGUGCUCUCUGUCUUUCACCAAAGAGAGUCAGCUUCAGCGCCACAUUCGGGAUCAUGAGGUCAACGAUAAGCCGCACCGCUGCGACGAGUGCCCCAUGUCCUUCAACGUGGAGUUCAAUCUCAAGCUGCACAAGUCCACCCAUGCCACCGAGGACCCCACCUGCCCCGAGUGUCAGAAGAAGUUCUCCCGAGUGGCCAGCCUCAAGUCCCACAUCAUGCUCCACGAGAAGGAGGAGAACCUGAUCUGCACCGAGUGUGGGGACGAGUUCGUCCUGCAGAGCCAGCUCAGCCUGCACCUGGAGGAGCACCGCAAGGAGCUCUCCGGGAACAAGGUGUACACCUGCAAGACCUGCGGCAAGGAGUUCAAGAUGUCCUCCCAGCUGAAGGAGCACAUGAAGACCCACCUGAGGAUGAGACCAAUUAUCGGCAGUUCGAGAAAUUACAAGAGAAACAUUGACCGGAGUGGCUUCACAAACGCCUGUCUACACUGCGGGAAAACGUUUAAGAAACCCAGCCAGCUGGUACGACACAUUCGGAUACACACAGGCGAGAGGCCGUACAAGUGCACUCACUGUGGGAAGGCCUUCAACCAGAAGGUGGUCCUGCAGACGCACAUGGUGCGCCACACGGGCGAGAAGCCACACCUCUGUAUGCUGUGCCCCGCCUCCUUCUCCCAGAAGGGCAACCUGCACUCGCACAUCCAGAGAGUGCAUUCAGAGUCAAAGGGAGUGCCAUUGUUCCCGUGUUUGGACUGCAGCUGUGUGUUUAAAAAGCUUGGCAGCCUCAACGCUCACAUAAGUAAGAUGCACAUCUCCAUCAUUGAAGAUCCUCCCCACACACAGGAGGUGGUGGAGGCGGGGCAGACAGUAACGGGGGCCGACGGUUCGGCAGGAGUGACCGACGUCAUCCAGCAGCUGCUGGAGCUGUCAGAGCAAGUGACAGGGGACAGUGCCCAGGCCCCUCCUCCAGUGCCGGCCAUCUCCAUGGAAACGGGCAUCAACCAGGACAUCUUACAGCAAGCCCUGGAGAACAGUGGCCUGAGCACCAUCCCGGUCCAGUCGCACACCCAGAACAGUGGGGCGCCCAGGCCAGGAAUGACAGCCCAGAACCAGGCUACUGAGGGGCCAGCCUCCGUCCCUAAUAAGGGCCCCAGCCCAGACAAGAUCAACAGGAAGGAGAAGAGGAGCAUCUACAAGAAACCCAUGCAGAUGCCAGGCUCCAUCAGGGAGGAGAACGGCGUCCGGUGGCACGUGUGCCCCUACUGCUCCAAGGAGUUCAAGAAGCCGAGCGACCUGGUGCGCCACAUCCGCAUCCACACGCACGAGAAGCCCUUCAAGUGCAAGCAGUGCUUCCGCGCCUUCGCCGUCAAGAGCACGCUGACGGCGCACAUGAAGACCCACACGGGCAUCAAGGCCUUCGAGUGCCAGUGCUGCCGGAAGUGCUUCUCCACCUCGGGCAGCAUGAAGGUGCACAUGCGGCUGCACACAGGAGUGCGGCCAUUCCCCUGCCCGCACUGCGACAAGAUCUUCCGCACCUCGGGCCACCGGAAGACCCAUGUGGCGUCGCACUUCAAGAGCGCCCAGCAGAAGAAGCAGAAGGGCCCGCGGAGGCCCCACAAGACCCGGUCGGCCCGGAGCAGCCUCCCGCCCCCGGACAUCCCCCUGCACGAGCCCAUUCUGAUCACGGACCUCGGUCUCGUUCAGAACCAGAACCCACGCCUCUCCUUGCAGCAGUACCUGGACAUCGUGGAGAACGACCGACCCUACAAGUGUCCCUAUUGCAACAAGGCCUACAAGAAGUCCAGCCAUUUGAAGCAGCACGUGAGGUCGCACACGGGAGAGAGGCCCUACAAAUGCCUGCAGUGCAGCAAGGGCUUCGCCUCCUCGGGCGUGCUGAAGGCCCACAUCCGCACCCACUCCGGCCUCAAGGCCUACAAGUGCCUGAUCUGCGACAGCACCUUCACCACCAGCGGCAGCCUGCGGCGCCACAUGACCACGCACAGCGACCUGCGGCCCUACAUGUGCCCCUACUGCCAGAAGACCUUCAAGUCCUCGCCCAACUGCCGCAAGCACAUGAAGACGCACAGAUAUGAGCUCGCCCAGCAGCUGCAGCAGCAGCAGGCCUCCGCCGACGGCCCCUCCCUGGACGACCCCAUGGACGGAGCGGGCGUGGCGGCGGGCAUGCAGGUGGAGAUGGAGGGCGACGCGCUGCAGCCGCCGCCCGCCGUGGGCGCCGAGCAGCAGGGCAUUCUGGGACUGGGCCAGGCGCAGGUGGUGGGCGCGCCGCAGCAGGUGGCGCUGGAGACGCAGCUCGGCGACCAGCCUCUGGUGCAGGAGGACGACGCGUUCGUGACGUCCCAGCACGCCUUGCCGCAGAACAUGGGCCAGUUCGAGACGCAGGCCCUCCCCCAGCAAGCCUUUGACCAGCAGGCCCUGGCGCAAGGGUUCACCAUGGCCGAGGGCUUCACCCAGCAGCCCCAGUUCCCGGCGGUGCAGCAGCUGCAGGACUCCAGCACCCUGGAGUCGCAGGCACUGACGCCCAGCUACCACCCCCAGAACCUGCUGCAUGUGUCCGGCGCCGAGGUGACGAGCGGCCUGCUCCAGGAGCCAUCCCAGAGCGACCUCCAGCUGCCAGCUCAGAGGCAGGACUUCCACGAGGAGAGCGAGGACAACAGCAGGAGAGCAUACAGGUGUUCCAUCUGCAACAAAGGCUUCAAGAAGUCCAGCCACCUGAAGCAGCAUGUGCGCUCCCACACCGGAGAGAAGCCCUACAGGUGUAACCUGUGCGGCCGCAGUUUCGUUUCGGCCGGCGUGCUCAAAUCUCACCUGAACACACACACGGGCGUGAAGGCCUUCAAGUGCAACGUGUGCGACGCCUCCUUCACCACCAACGGCAGCCUGAACCGCCACAUGAUCAUCCACCUGAACAUGAAGCCGUACAAGUGUCCGCUGUGCGAGGAGACCUUCCGCACCAGUCUGCUGUGCAGGAAGCACAUGAAGAAGGACCACAUCGGUGGAAACAGAGUUCUGGAGGAUGACGGUGAGGAAGAUGAGAGCUCAGAGCGGGUCACUUCGAAGCGGAACCGCACCGGGAUCAUCACCUUCACGGAGGAGCAGACGGCCGAGCUGGCCAAAAGCGAGCCCAGGGAUGGGGCCUCUGUCUCGGAGAAGGUCCUGGCCCAGUCGGCCGCCGAGCGUGAUCGCAUCAGCGAGAUCAAGGACAAGGCUGUGGAGCUCGAGACGGAGCCGAAGUUUGCCAACCGCUGCAACUACUGCCCCAAGAGCUUCAAGAAGCCCAGUGACCUCGUCAGGCACAUCCGGAUUCACACAGGAGAGAAGCCCUAUAAGUGCGAUGAAUGUGGAAAGAGCUUCACUGUCAAAUCCACCCUGGACUGCCACGUGAAGACUCACACAGGCCAGAAGCUGUUCAACUGUCACAUGUGCAACACGGCCUUCUCCACCAAGGGCAGCCUGAAGGUUCACAUGCGUCUCCACACGGGCUCCAAGCCCUUCAAGUGCCCCUUCUGCGAGCUGCGCUUCCGCACCUCCGGCCACAGGAAGACCCACAUCCAGUGCCACUACAAGCCCACGUCGGAGAACAAGAAGGCCAAGAGGUCCUCGGACAGACAGCAUGGGCAGCACGCCCCGCCCCAAGCUCCGCCCCCGCCACCAGAGGCCUUGCCCCCGGUCAGUCUGCUCCAGACGGGCCCCGCUGACCCUGGGGUCUACAUCUCCAGCAACCCAGUGCUCACGGGCCAGUUCGAUCAGAACCUCCUGCAGCAAGGCCUUGUGGGACAGGCCAUCCUGCCUGCCUCCGUGUCCGCAGGGGGCGACCUGACGGUGUCUCUCUCAGAAGGCCUCGCCACCUUGGAGGGGAUUCAGCUGCAGCUCACCUCAGCCAACCUGGUGUGCCCCAACGUGCAGAUCUCCGGCAUCGACACCACCAACAUCAACAACAUCACCCUCCAGAUCGACCCCAGCAUCCUGCAGCAGACCCUCCAGCAGGGCAACCUGCUGUCUCACCAGCUGACGGGCGACUCCGGCCUCGCCCAGCACUCGGCCACCCACCUGAUGGCGGGCGACUCGGCGGUCCCCGCCAACGUGGUGCUGCACCCGCUGACCAGCCUGUCGCUGCAGCCGUCCAUUGCCCCCGCCAGCGUCAGCAUCGCCGGGCUGGCCGAGCGGGACGGCAGCGGUUCCCAGGACCUGUCGCACGUGAUGACGUCACCGGGGUUGGUGACGGCGGGCGGCGGCGGGCAGGAGAUCACGCUGACCAUCAACAACUCCAGCCUCAGCCAGGUCCUGGCCCAGGCACAGGCCUCUGCAGCCGGGGGCUCCGCCCCCUCCUCCAGCAACCCGCAGGAGAUCACGCUCACCAUCACUGGUCAGGACCUGAUUCCUCAGCACGGCGCGGCCGGCGGCGGCGCGGAGAUGAGCGGGGGCAUCAGGCUGGCGUCUCCCAUGAGCACCCAGGCGGCGGGCGGAGCCACGCUGACCAUAGCCAAUGACCAGCUUCUACCUCAGAGCCCCACCAGUGCGGGAAUCACGGUCAACAGCCUGCCUCCGGCCACCUCUCUAUCGCAGGCUGCCGUGUCCUCCCAGAGUCUGGUGAUGUCAUCAACAGGCGUGGCCAGCGAUGGCAGCGUCACCCUCACCCUGGCGGACACACAGGGCAUGCUGUCCGGUAGCCUGGACGCGGUCACCCUCAACAUCGCCCCUCAGGGCCAGCAGUUCCCGGCCAUUCUCAGCGAGUCCAGUCUUCCCGGGCAGCCGGCUAACUCCGCCCAGCAGGUGAUCCUCGUGAGUCACCCAACACAUGGCACUGUGGGACCUCCUGACGACAGUUUCCGGGUCCCAGAGGUGAACAGGCCGCUGGGGAAGGAGGGGUCCGCUGACAGUCAGCCGGCUCAGAACCAGUGCUUCUACUGCAACCAGGUCUUCCUGACCGCAGUCAUGCUGCGGAGACACUGCCGGCAGGCCCACGGCAAAGAGCGCUGCCACGUCUGCAGAGUGUGCAACAAGGCCUUCAAGAGAGCCACCCACCUCAAGGAGCAUGAGCACGUUCACCAGCAGGGGCCCUCGCUGAGCUCACAGAGGCCACGCAUCUUCAAGUGCUCCUCGUGCGACAAAGCCUUCGCCAAGCCCAGCCAGCUGGAGAGGCACAACCGGACCCACACAGGUGAGCGGCCCUUCAAGUGCCAGCAGUGCGACAAGGCAUUCAACCAGAAGAGCGCUCUGCAGGUGCACAGGGUGAAGCACACCGGGGAGAAGCCGUACAAGUGCGAGGUGUGCGGCAUCAGCUUCACGCAGAAGAGCAACAUGAAGCUGCACGUCAAGCGGUCGCACAGCUACGGUGGCGGACAGGAGGUGCCCAUGGAGCAGGGGACGGAGGGCGAGGAGGAGCCGGCGCCGGAGCUGGACCUGGAGGAGGUGGUGCAGGAGUCCUCGGGCGACUGGCAGUGCGGCAUCGCCAACGUCUUUCGGUAGCGCCCCCUGUGCCCUGGAGGAAUCCCAUCUCGUCACUGUUGUUUUUUUUUUACAGUAGACACGGACUGAAGUACAGUGUCACACUGACACAUUCAACUCUGACUCAUGCUAAGCGCUAACAUAUCUUUGCCACGAAAAAACGCGAUGUAGCCACCCAGGCAACGCCAUGGACCGCUAUGACUGGCUCCUAAGCAUUAGGGCAGAGAGAUCAGGAUAAGCUCUGGAUAAGAUGCGGUACUUCUGCAACACGUUCCUCCCAAAGAGCCGGCCUCUCCAGAGUGUGUCUCACUAAAGCCGAGGUGCGAAAGCUUCUAUCCACAGAACAGCCAGAGUCCGUGUUGGGAAGGAUUCUCGAGAUAAUAUAACAUCAGGUUCCAUUACACAUUAGGAUCGGCUCUUGAAGACGUGACAAAGUACUUUUCCAAAACCUUGUUGCUUAUUUGCCUGUCUAUAUACCCCAUUCGGAUUAUCUGUAAAUCCGCAGGGGGCGUCGAGCCGGUGGAGGAGAUUUGAUUUGAGCAAAAUCCCUUUGUUUGGACCGGCCUGACCGACGUGAAAGGUGCAGGCUUUCAGCGCAGCUCAGUGUAUCAGUAUUCUCCUCUGAUCUGAUUGCUCACCAGUAUAUUUCUCAGGGGGACGUUUGUGUGUUUGUGGGUGGGUGUGUGUGUGUGU